AUAGUGUUAGUGUUACUGUUUGUAUCCAUAAUAUUACAGUAAUAAUAGUCGGUUUUUAGAGUCUAUGGUGCUAUUUACGGUUUAGCCCUCCUUACUGGAAAGGAGGCAAGCCUUGGAGGUUGUGUGUGUAUCAUUUGCUCUGCAGCAACUUGACGUAUACAACUUUGAACUUGCAAAUUGUUAUGCAGUGCUAGAUCUCUAAAACUUCAUCAUUCAUGGCCAGCAACCCAACAAGGGAACCGGUAUGUCGUUGUCGUUGGUGGACGCCGUCUGCGAAGGGGUGGAGAGAAGGGGGCCCUACCCCUAUAACCAUAAUGUCUAUGCAGUGAGAGUGCAGUGGGCAGGAACCAGAAAGACUCUCCUGUUUCGUACCUAUGGAGCCUUCUUCGACUUGCAUGCCAAAUUAAGGGAAGCAUUAGAUGGAAAAUCUGAUGUCAUUAUUCCAACGCUACCUGAGGUAUGCUUCAUGGAGCAGGCACGGUGGCUCUCGGAAGAAGCCAUAGCCACGCAGCUUCUUACUGCCGUUCGACAGUUCUGUAAGGAGUUGCCGAAGCUGCCGGCGGAGGUGCUGGCGAGAGAUGAUAUGAGGUGCUUCUUCAGGAGUUGGAGCUCGGACCCGGGGAAUGGCGAUCGCAGCGACGGCAGUACGUCAAGUGGCGCCACCUGCAUGGCACCAUCCUCUAUGCUCGGCAGUGCAUCGGCUGUGCGUUCAGCGCUCUCUGGUGUUGACGGGAGUGGCGACGACGCAUCGCAGCCGCCUCCUGUGCCGCCUCACUGCGCCACCCCCGCCGUGCCGGCAAGGAUGGCAAGCCGGCGCGUGUCCGCAAACCAAGCGAACAUCUCUGCGCCGUCGUUGCCCUCGAGCGAUGAUUCGUUGCUGGGGUUAAGCAUGCAGCUCGGUGGUGGCAGCGCGGAUGGAGAGAGCGAUGGUGUUGCACAGUAUCGAGCCAUCGCCGAUUACUGUGCCACCGGGACGGACUUGCUGCUUAGCAAGGGGGCGUUAGUACAUUGUGUCGAGGCUAAUUGUUCUGGUUGGUGGUUGGUUUCAUCGGCUGGGAAGCAGGGUUGGGUGCCCGGCACAUUCCUAGAACCUGUAGCUUCACAGAGCCAGCAUGCUUCACCAGUGGAUGACGCUGAAACACCAGAAGUCGUGAGGUGUGUGUCGCUGUGCGCGUGUGAGGCACACGACCAGGAUGAGGUUUCGUACGAGCAGGGGCAGCACAUAGACGUGAUCAAGGUCGACAGCUCAGGAUGGUGGACCGUCAGAGUGGACGGCAAAGUGGGUGUUACACCGGCCAUCAAUCUACAGCCGCUAGACGUGGAGCACAACAAGUUCAGCACUCUAUUGAAUCUUCAGCUGCAACAUGCGUUGUUCCACGGGAGACCGGCUCCCCCGCGACCUGGCAAGCCGACUGACAGCACGAAUAACUCUCCAGCCACAGAAGAGGUGAAGGAGAUGACUGGUGGAAGGUCCAAACUUAAUUACGUCCAACUUGACUUGGCAGCUCCAAAGACACUACCUGGGGGCCAACAACAGUCAAGGUUUGUCAUUCAAGAUGAUAGUUCUAGUGAACGAACAACGUAUUCACAAAUCAUAUUCCCCAACCAGCAAACAGCACAGGCCAGUAAACAGCACACCUACGUAAACGUGAUGCCGGCCAUGUAUCAGAACAACUAUGAAAACUUUAGAGUGCUGGGCGUACACCCCCCUGUACAGGAAGCUCCUGAUCCCUCUUCACUAAUUAAAAGGAACAAGCCACUCCCCAAUCUUCCAGAAAGAUUAGACAAGCUCAAUAUAACUGGCAACCACUCAGAUACCCAGACACUGCCAUUGCCGAUCGUAGCAAAGGCGAAGUUUGUGUCGGAGAGAGAGGGAGUGCUUUCAUUCAAUGGAGGAGAUACUGCCAUCCUUCUCGACAAGACCAAUCCGAAUGGGUGGUGGUGUGUUCAGAUAGGCAGUUCCAUUGGAUGGGUGCCAAAAGAUUACUGGUCAAUCUCAUUGUGUGAGGAUGCAGAGAGUGAGGAUACCCACAGGGCGACGCAAAACAAGCAAGCGUGUGUUUCUGGUCUUAAAAGAACCGAAGCGAUGAAAACGCCCGAUGGCGGCAUGGCAAACGUCGGCAGGAUUAGAAGCACAGAGGGUCACAGUCCACCUUGUGCGAGCCACGAUGAGAUAGGCUCUGACAAGAGUGAUGAUGUCCACCGGGUAACGCACAACAAACAAGUGUGCGUCUCUGGUCUCAAACGGACCGAGGCAUUGAAAACGCCCUCUGGUGGCAUGCCGAAUCUUGGCAGGAAUCGGCCUUUCGAGAGUGCGAGAAAAAACGAUGCAAGCGAGAUUAAGAGCACGGCUAAACAAACAAACAGCAAGGAUCUGGCAAUGACUGCUGGCACUAGGCCAGCUAUGGCCUUGCCUGGUAAGGAGGAGGUGGCUCCCUCUACCACCGGUCACGGCAGUAGUCAGCCAAUCCCGCCUCACGCAGAUUGGUUCUUUGGGAAGCUAGGACGAGACGAGUGUGAGACACUGAUGUCACACAACAAGGGCCAACCAGGCGACUUUUUAGUGCGAGAGAGCACCACCAGGAAUGGCGAUUUUGUGCUGUCUGUUCUUGACAACAAAUGUAAAGUGCAUCACUUUCCAUUCACAAUGCAAGAUGGCUUUUAUCACCUUGGUGCCAAUUUCGAGACCAUUGAGCAGGCAGUGGGGCACUACAAGUUUAAUACGUUGUCAGGAAUGGAUUGCCAAGUACGCCUGGUGAACCCUAUGCGCUGUAAGAAGGAACGGAGCAAGUUCUUCUGCAUGACUACGCACAACUAGCGCCACCUGCUGGAUUGUAGUAUGCCAAGUGCCUUCGUAUUUAAUAAACAUAGAUACGGUAAUUAUGCAAUGUGAAAGCUUGGAUUUACGAUGGAAAGAUUUUAUACUUUUUCUAGUAAAUACAAUCAUACGACCCCUGUUUAAAGGUAAAGUUUAAUGAGAGAUGAUAUUAUUGUAAUAAUCAGUUAUACAUAAAUGAUUACGAUACAUGUUAUGAGCUUCCCAUACUCAAGUAAAAUAGUAGUCUUUAGUGCGUUUUCCCUGCUCUGUCUGUAAUUUAGUUAACACUGAAGUGAAUAUGAUACAGUGCAAUCAGAUGAUUAUAGGCUAGCUACUAAUUACGAAUUCUAGUUUUAGCUAUGGUGUGAUAUCUAGCUGUUAAAAUCAUUUUUAGUAGAAAUACUAAUAUAUAUAUAUAAACAUAAAUUUGUUUUAUUUUAUAAACAGCUGAUGAAUUAUACAUAUUGUUAUAAAUAUCAUCAGUCAAUGACCAUCAAAAAUAUCAUUAUAUGAUUAUCACUACCUUCCUUGUUUGUUCGGCUGCUUGAAUGUAUCGUGAUCGUCAAUCUCAAUAAUUGUUAAAUUUAAUGGCAACUCUGUUCUUGCUAGUGGAUAUUAGCUGGAACAUAUAUGUACACUAACAGGAAGAUGUGUAUUCUAGUAUCGAUACACAUGUUCACGGUCCUAGUAGAGCGUAUUAAGAAGCCCUUCUUAAUACACUGAUUACACUAUAUAUGUAUAUAUAUAUAUUAGUGGUAGAAUAGCAAUAAGCUAUCAAGUUGCAACAAACCUUUCAUAAUAUAAAUACUGAUAUUUAGAUAUCAGUCAUGUGAAUUUUCUUAUAUUAUCAAUGGCAGCUAUAACUGUUGUUCAUGUAUAAAAACAUUAAUUGUAAAUAAAAUCCUUUUAUUUUCA